AUGAAAGACUUGUUGAACUUGGGAAAGUUGAAGUCUGGGGAAAUUGUUACCUUUCGUGGGAGCUCAAAUUUCGAUGGAGCUUCAAACUACCAUGGAAAUGGGGUUGGAGUCGUAUUCAAAACUCCUUGUGGAGAAUACAUCCCAAUCGCAGUCAAAUUAGAUUUCGGCUGCACCAACAACGAAGCCGAGUAUGAAGCUUGUAUAAAGGGGUUAGAAGCAGCCCUAGAAAAAGAAAUAAAGAUCCUCAAAGUUUUUGGAGAUUCCAAUCUGAUAGUCUCUCAAGCUCUAAGGAAAUGGAAAAUUAAGGAAGAGCAUUUGAUUCCUUACCUACAACGCUUGGAUGAAUUGGCUCAGCAAUUUGAGGAUUUAUCCUUCCACUACUUGCCGCGAGCCAAAAAUCAGUUUGCCGAUGCCGCUGAUGCUCUGGCCACUUUGGCCUCCAUGGUCAACGUGGGAGGAGACCGAGUCAUUCGACCUCUCACAGUUCGGCUACAGAAACAGCCAGCACAUUUCAUGAAUUUGGUGGAUGACAAGCCCUGGUACUGGGAUAUACAGAAUUAUCUUCAGAAUGAAGUUUAUCCGGAGGGAUCUACCAAGACUGAUCAACGAACACUGAGACAGUUAGCAUCCGGAUAUUUCUUUACUGGGGGAGUUCUGUAUAAGAGAAGUUCGAAUGGCUUACACCUAAGGUGCGUGGAUGAGGGAGAAGCUCAAACCAUCAUGGAUUCCUUACAUAAUGGGGAGUCUGGUCCACACAUGCACGGGAUAGCCAGGGAGAAGCUCAAGCCAUCAUGGAUUCCUUACAUAAUGGGGAGUCCGGUCCACACAUGCACGGGAUAG